UUCCUUGUUCCCUCCCCCUCAGAUCUACAGUUUGAACCAACAUGGUGGUGAAGUGAGAGAGCUGACAGGCCCCAUUCACUGCACAAACACAUGCUGUUUAGAUCAGAGCUCAAACUACUUUCAGUUCUGAGGAAGUGAAACUCAGACAGUCAUUGUCACUGAGAGGUGAAAUGGCGCAGAAAGGAGUUCAGCUGGACAGAGAAACCUUCUCUUGUUCCAUCUGUCUGGAUCUACUGAAGGAUCCGGUGACUACUCCCUGUGGACACAGCUACUGCAUGAACUGUAUUAAAACUCACUGGGAUGAAGAGGACAAGAAGAAAGUCCACAGCUGCCCUCAGUGCAGGCAGACCUUCACACCGAGGCCUGUCCUGCUGAAAAACACCAUGUUAGCAGUUUUAGUGGAGGAACUGAAGAAGACUGGACUCCAAGCUGCUCCUGCUGAUCACUGCUAUGCUGGACCUGAAGAUGUGGCCUGUGAUGUCUGCACUGGGAGAAAACUGAAAGCUCUCAAGUCCUGUCUGGUGUGUGUCGUCUCUUACUGUGAGCAGCACCUUCAGCUUCAUAAUGUAACUCAGUUAAAGAAGCACAAGCUGGUGGACCCCUCCAACAAGCUCCAGGAGAAGAUCUGCUCUCGUCAUGAGGUGAUGAAGAUGUUCUGCCGUACUGAUCAGCAGUGUAUCUGUUAUCUCUGCUCUGUGGAUGAACAUAAAGGCCACGACACAGUCUCAGCUGCAGCAGAGAGGACUGAGAGGCAGAGAGAGCUGGAGGUGAGUCGACAAAACAUCCAGCAGAGAAUCCAGGACAGAGAGAAAGAUGUGAAGCUGCUUCAACAGGAGGUGGAGGCUAUCAAUCGCUCUGCUGAUAAAGCAGUGGAGGACAGUGAGAAGAUCUUCACUGAGCUGAUCCGUCUGAUGGAGAAAAGACGCUCUGAUGUGAAGCAGCAGGUCAGAUCCCAGCAGGAAACUGAAGUGAGUGGAGUCAAAGAGCUUGAGGAGAAGCUGGAGCAGGAGAUCACUGAGCUGAAGAGGAAAGACGCUGAGCUGAUGAAGCUCUCACACACAGAGGAUCACACCCAGUUUCUACACAACUACUCCUCACUGUCACCACUCAGUGAAUCUACAGACUCAUCCAGCAUCAAUAUCCGUCCUCUGAGGUACUUUGAGGAUGUGACAGCGGCUGUGUCAGAGCUCAGAGAUAAACUACAGGACGUUCUGAGAGAGAAAUGGACAAACAUCUCACAGACAGUGACUGAUGUGAAUGUUUUACUGUCAAAUUCACAACCAGAGCCCAAGACCAGAGCUGGAUUCUUAAAAUAUUCACGUGAAAUCACACUGGAUCCAAACACAGCACACACAUACCUGUUAUUAUCUGAGGGGAACAGAAAACUAACAGUAAUGGGAAAACAACAAUUUUGUUCAAGUCACCCAGACAGAUUCACUAACAUUUGGCAGGUCCUGAGUAGAGAGAGUCUGACUGGACGUUGUUACUGGGAGGUGGAGUGGAGAGGAGAAGGAGUUUAUGUAGCAGUUACACACAAGAAUAUCAUCAGAACAGGAUUUUUUAAUGAAAGUGGAUUUGGAUACAAUGACAAAUCCUGGGCUUUAUAUUGUAACAAAAACAAUUAUAACUUUUGGUACAACGAUAUCAAAACUCCUGUCUCAGGUCCUCAGUCCUCCAGAAUAGGAGUGUACCUGGAUCACAGUGCAGGUAUUCUGUCCUUCUACAGCGUCUCUGAAACCAUGACUCUCCUCCACAGAGUCCAGACCACAUUCACUCAGCCUCUCUGUGUUGGACUUGGGCUUUACCUACCUGUUGGAAGCACUGCUGAGUUCUGUAAACUCAAACAGACACAAGUAAUUUAAUUGACAGUGGGUUAAAUGCUGUGUUAUUAUUCUUAAACCUAUUUUGUGCCCAUCAUUGUUGCUGAGAGCUGAUUUUUCUUUUCAUGUCUUCACUGCACAGAGAUCAGCUGUCAGUCAAACACUAUGGGUGGUACUUUGACAUCUUCUCAUUAGCUGUGUUGUAAAUGUUUGAGUUUCUUUAGGUGGCGCUCCUUCCUGUGUCUGUUUAACCAUGGAGGCUGUCACUGCUCAUGAUGAUGUUUCUUUACCUCAACUGAUAUUACUCUACACUGUGGUGGAAAUUUUGUCUUCUUCGUGCAUAUGAUUAUAUUUUUUAAUUCUUCCUAUGUGUUUGCAAGUGUGUGACCUUUGCAUUCCCCUUUUGUAAACAUCUGUUGUUAAUUGAUGUCAUCAAGAGAUUUACAUUCACUAUAAUCUCGCCUUCAAAGACAGUCCAUUGACUGUCUAACAGAUACAGAUGAUUACCUAACAUGUUCUAUACUAGAUUGCAACAGGUAUGCUCCUCUGAUGUAAUCAAGAGAAAAUAAAUCAAUCAGGAAAGCCCAAGAAAGCUACAAUUGAUUUCUCAUCAUCUUGUCGUCUGAGUGGAGGUAGAGAGAUGCCCUGUAUUCACUGUUCUGGGCACAAACUCUGAGCUCUGAGCCGGAGGUUGCGCCUU